ACAUACACACUGUGUUUCUCUCUCUAUCUAUAAAUCUAUAAUAGGUAGGGAAGGGAAAUGGUAUACAGUACUCUCUUUUUUUUUACGGGUUAAUAAUGUUCGAGUCAAUUUAUGUACAUUUCGAUUAAUUUUCUUUUCGGUCCAGUAAGACCCAUUAACCAAUUGGAUCUUGGUCAAUUUUUUGGAACAAAACCCCCCUAACUAACCGGACUAAACUUUAGACUGCAAUGAUUUACUUACCUACUGUUCACCCAUAAACCACCACUAACAAAAACCAAAACGCUCACCUUUUGAUCAAAAUUGAGCACAAAACCUUUAAUUGCUUUGUCCCUCCCCAUCUCUAUCCCUUUUCCCCAAAUGGGUAUGCAUCCCUAGAAGAAUCCCACCAGAUUACCGUCUAAGAUCUCCAAAAUCUGAUAAACCCCAGCUUCUUUCUCUCCCUAUAUAAAGAGAUGAAAAUUGGGUCGGAGUGAUAAAGUUUUAAUCUUUUGAUAAUUUUAUUAUUUAUUCACAUAAUUACAGCCUCCUGUCUUUGUGGGGUUCUGUGGGGUUUGAUUCAAUGGCCGCCGGUGCAGAGGUGACUGGUGAGGUUCGGUCCUCACAAGAUACUGACACUGUUAGUGGUGAUGGAAUUGAUAGCAAUGCUGAAUCUGUGACUAAUGGUGAAAAAGACUCCGAUUCGAAAUCGGAAUUCAAAAUGCAAGACAUAGUUGACAUGCUGUCCAAGCUGAAGCUGAAUCCUUUGGCCAAAGAGUUCUUUCCUUCCUACUUGUAUGAUCCUAAUCGCGAUCAGUUGGCUGCCAACAAUAUCUCUCCAUCUUACAAGAACUUGGGAACUGACAACAAUCGGAGGAGAAGAAGCGGUUAUAAUCAAGGGAGGAGGAGGUUAAAUGGGAGAGCUUUUAGAGCUCAAAGAGAAGAUAGUAUCAGGAGAACAGUGUAUGUGUCUGAAAUUGAUCAGAAUGUCACUGAAGAACGGCUCGCUGCCUUAUUUAGCAAAUGCGGACAAGUGGUUGAUUGUCGAAUUUGUGGCGAUCCUCAUUCACGUCUUCGCUUUGCAUUUGUAGAGUUUGCUGAUGACCGAAGUGCAAGAGAAGCUCUUAACCUUUGUGGGACGAUCAUUGGUUUCUAUCCAAUUAGGGUCUUACCUUCGAAAACUGCCAUACUUCCAGUGAAUCCAACAUUUCUUCCUAGGUCAGAAGAUGAGCGAGAAAUGUGUGCUAGGACGGUCUAUUGUACAAACAUUGAUAAGAUGAUUACUCAAGCUGAUGUCAAGUUCUUUUUUGAGUCGUGUUGCGGCGAGGUUUCUCGCCAUAGGCUUUUGGGGGAUAAUGUGCAUUCUACCCGUAUUGCUUUUGUUGAAUUUGCUAUGGCAGAGAGUGCCAUUGCAGCUCUGAGUUGUAGCGGAAGGCUCUUGGGAACCCAACCCAUCAGGGUAAGUCCUUCAAAGACACCUGUGAGGCCGCGUGUUCCUCGCCCUGGAGCCUGAGAUCGGUGGACGAAAGUCGGUGUAUUCCCUGUUGAGAGAGACUAUGUUGUGAUGGAGUGCAGAACUUUUGUUUCAUUUUCGUUAUUUCUGUCCUUUCCACAGCAACAGUAACUUUUCCGGCCACUGAACGAUAUCGUAACCCUGCUUCAGUUGAAGUUUUUUUCUGGGGGACGGUCCCAUUUGACUUUUACCAUCAUCCGUAUUUUCUUUUUCUCAAUGCAAUAUAUCGACUUUGUCAA